GAGGGCCCAGGCGGCGGGAGCGCGGCGGCGGGUGGCGGGGCCCCUUGGGGCGGGCCUGGCCGGGCGGGAGGUGACAUACGCGGUCCUGCGCCCCCGCCUCAGACCUCUCGGGCGAGCGCGGAGCAGCGCAGAUUAAAAAUCAAGAAAUAUAAACCAGAUGUAGCAGUUUCUUGACAUGGAGAACCAAGCCCAUAAUACGAUGGGAACUUCUCCUUGUGAGGCUGAGCUUCAGGAAUUAAUGGAACAAAUUGACAUCAUGGUAAGCAACAAGAAAAUGGAUUGGGAAAGAAAGAUGCGGGCUUUGGAGACACGAUUAGAUCUUCGGGAUCAAGAAUUGGCAAAUGCACAAACUUGUUUGGAUCAGAAAGGUCAAGAGGUAGGGUUACUUCGACAGAAAUUGGACAGUCUGGAAAAAUGUAAUUUAGCAAUGACUCAGAAUUAUGAAGGACAACUACAAAGCCUAAAGGCUCAAUUUUCCAAACUAACAAAUAACUUUGAAAACCUGAGAUUACAUCAGAUGAAACAAAACAAAGUUCCACAAAAAGAAUUACCACACCUUAAAGAAGAAAUACCCUUUGAACUGAGCAAUUUGAACCAGAAAUUAGAGGAAUUUAGAGCAAAGUCAAGAGAAUGGGACAAGCAAGAGAUAUUAUAUCAGACUCAUCUGAUUUCUUUAGAUGCUCAACAAAAAUUAUUAUCUGAGAAGUGUAAUCAGUUUCAGAAACAGGCACAAAGUUACCAAACUCAACUAAAUGGUAAAAAACAGUGCUUAGAAGACAGCAGCUCUGAAAUUCCUCGUUUGAUAUAUGACCCAGAUCCCAAUUGUGAAAUCAAUGAAAGAGAUGAGUUCAUUAUUGAAAAACUGAAAUCAGCUGUAAGUGAGAUAGCACUAAGCAGGAAUAAAUUACAAGACGAAAAUCAGAAGCUCUUGCAAGAACUGAAAAUGUACCAAAGACAGUGCCAGGCCAUGGAAGCAGGUCUCUCAGAGGUAAAAAGUGAGUUACAGUCACGUGAUGAUCUCUUGAGAAUUAUAGAAAUGGAACGAUUGCAAUUACACAGAGAAUUAUUAAAAAUAGGAGAGUGCCAAAAUGCUCAAGGAAAUAAAACAAGACUUGAAUCAUCUUAUUUGCCUUCUAUUAAAGAACCAGAAAGGAAAAUAAAAGAGCUGUUUUCAGUGAUGCAAGAUCAACCAAAUCAUGAAAAAGAAUUGAACAAGAUAAGAAGCCAACUCCAACAGGUGGAAGAGUACCAUAACUCUGAGCAGGAAAGAAUGAGGAAUGAAAUCUCUGACCUAACAGAAGAGCUUCAUCAGAAGGAGAUCACUAUAGCAACUGUCACGAAGAAAGCUGCCCUUCUGGAAAAACAGUUAAAAAUGGAAUUAGAAAUAAAAGAAAAAAUGUUAGCAAAACAAAAGGUCUCAGAUAUGAAAUAUAAAGCUGUCAGAACUGAAAACACACAUCUAAAAGGAAUGAUGGGAGAUUUAGACCCCGGACGAUACAUGAGUAUGGACUUCACUAACAGGGAACAGUCAAGGCAUACAUCUAUUAAUAAACUGCAAUAUGAGAAUGAAAGGCUCCGAAAUGAUCUUGCAAAACUUCAUGUCAAUGGAAAAUCAAUCUGGACUAAUCAAAACACCUAUGAAGAAACAGGAAGAUAUGCCUAUCAAAGCCAAAUAAAAGUGGAAAAAAAUGAAGAGAGACUUAGUCAUGACUGUGAGCCAAAUAGAAGUACAACGCCUCCCUUGCCACCUUUGACAUUUCAAGCCAAAGAAAUGACAAGUCCUUUGGUUAGUGAUGAUGAUGUAUUCCCACUGUCUCCCCCAGAUAUGUCCUUCCCAGCAUCUUUGGCUGCACAGCAUUUCCUUCUGGAAGAAGAGAAACGAGCAAAAGAACUUGAAAAACUUCUAAAUACACAUAUUGAUGAACUGCAAAGACACACAGAAUUUACUCUUAAUAAAUACUCCAAGCUAAAACAAAAUAGACACAUAUGAGCUUUUAAAGUUUUUUAUUUGCUUCUCCCCCCUCCGCCAAGAAAAAAAGCUCUGGCAAAAUAUUUACAAAGCUGAUUAAUGAAACCAAGAAAUUCUGUUCUGUUUCCUUGAGUAAAUAAUUUCCGUAAGGCAGCUAGAAAAUAGUAAGUAUUUUGUUCUAUAAAGCUGUUUGCAUUUCUGCAUUAACAUGCUAAAUUGUCCUGCUGUAGAGUUACUAUAAAAUAAACAUGACUAUUCCAAAAGA